AUGGCCGCCGCCCGGUGCGGCAACCGCGCGCCGCGGCCCGUCCGCCGGCGGUGCGGCAACGCCGCGUCCGUGCGUAAUUUUAUCGCGGCGUACGAUCGCGCGGGUUAUCUUAUCGGGGGAUGGGAGCGUUUCCACCCCUCCCACCCCUCCGGCCGCUCGGAGGACCUUGAAGCGACCCCGCCGGGGAAACCGAAUCAGCUGUUCGCAUUG